AGCCGCAGAGAGAGCGUGAAACAAAGCAGUCGGAUCGGAAUUGGACUUGGGGAGUGCGGUGUGGAGCCAGGCAUAAAACUUGUUGGAGGGGACCAGCAAGCCGGCUCCUCUAGCUCUCCUCGUCUGCGCUGCGUUUUAAGGGGUUCCCACCAGCCUCGCGAUUUAUUUUUAUAUCUGCUUUUUAUAUAUAGAGAAAUAUAUAUAUAUAUUUUCCUAUUAAGAGAAAAUUCCUAUUCCGAGAGAAAAUAAGGCAAGAUCAAUGAAGGAGAGAAGAGCCAGCCAGAAAUUAUCCAGUAAAUCUAUCAUGGAUCCUAAUCAGAACGUGAAAUGCAAGAUAGUGGUGGUGGGAGACAGUCAGUGUGGGAAAACCGCGCUGCUGCAUGUCUUCGCCAAAGACUGCUUCCCGGAGAAUUACGUCCCUACAGUGUUUGAGAAUUACACGGCCAGUUUUGAAAUCGACACACAAAGAAUAGAGUUGAGCCUGUGGGACACUUCGGGUUCUCCUUACUAUGACAAUGUUCGGCCCCUCUCUUACCCAGAUUCAGAUGCUGUGCUGAUAUGCUUUGACAUCAGUAGACCAGAGACUCUGGACAGUGUCCUAAAAAAGUGGAAAGGCGAAAUCCAGGAGUUUUGUCCCAACACCAAAAUGCUCUUGGUCGGCUGCAAAUCUGACCUUCGGACAGAUGUUAGCACAUUAGUAGAGCUCUCAAAUCACAGGCAGACACCAGUGUCAUAUGACCAGGGGGCAAAUAUGGCCAAACAGAUCGGAGCAGCCACUUAUAUCGAAUGCUCAGCUUUACAGUCAGAAAACAGCGUCAGAGACAUUUUUCACGUGGCCACCUUGGCAUGUGUAAACAAGACAAAUAAAAAUGUUAAGCGGAACAAAUCGCAGAGGGCCACUAAGCGGAUUUCACACAUGCCCAGCAGACCAGAACUCACAGCAGUCGCGACGGACUUACGAAAGGACAAAGCGAAGAGUUGCACUGUGAUGUGAACCACCCAUUAUCUUUCACGAGGACAAGGAAAUCCAGUGUAAAAAACACCAACAACCCAAUGAGAAGGUGAAGCCUGAACAAAGUGCACAGUCAGAGUCACGCAUUCUGGAGCUUAGGAGGCAUUGGAAAUGAUGCUCGUUUGUGUGGAAUCCUGUCCUUAGAUUCGGCAUGUAGAACAAAUGGUGACACGAACACAUUGAAGAGUUUUGAAGUGUGACUUGAAAAAUAUGCCAAAAAAAGAGAUUCGAAUGGGCUAGAGGUGGAUGAGGAGGUGUGCAAGUACCUCCAUGAAGAAAAACCAUGCUCCGAAUGGUGCUUGCGUUUUUGUUUUCUUUGUUACAAGCUAUUCAUGGAUCUCUUCUUUGAUUUAAUUUUUAAGUGUUUUAAUCUCCUUUACCAAAAGUAUAUAUUAACAUACCAUCCUCGUUGGGGAACUGGCACUGUGACCUUAGCGUUUAGUUUUCUAGAGGAUGUGAUCUAAUUUCCUCCAAACUCAUCAUUAAAAUGGAAAUUGUAUCAGGACCCAUGGAAUAUCCAGAGGAGAAGUUUGUGAGGCUUUGAAAUCUUGCCUUCCUGAACAUAGCUGAGUGAGGUGGUUCUAAAGAAAGGCAUCUGCAGUCUCGCGAGAUAUGCAGACCGGCACUGCCAAGAUCGAAUAGAUCAAAUGGAAAAAAGUGUCAGUUUUUAUUCAGUCUGAUGGUUCUGUUCAUCAUUGUGAUUGUCAUUAAAAAGUGGUAAAUUGCUCAAUGUAAUAUUUUUGUGUGCUGUUUAGAAAAGGGUGUGUGAUUUUUUUUUUUUGCCAUCGUUGAUACAAAUGCAAAGUCAAAUAAAAGGUGUCUUGGUUUGACGUCCUAGAAUGAUCCAGGGGGGGAAAUGUAGGUACUGUUUUCACCUGAAGAGAUAAUGAGUGGAGAAAUAGUAGCAGAAAGCACAGUUUGUGAGUAAAGCUGUCUGGAAUUGCAUUACCUAAAGUACAAAGCAAAAGGCCUGGUAUUUGGAGAUGAAGCUCCAAAGCUGAUAGCAUCAGAUGAUCUGGUGGCUUAUUUCACUUUGUUUAAAUGAACACCAGUCAGAGAAGGACUGUCUUACCUAAGCUUAUUCAUUCUUAGAGGAAAGUUAUCUAAUGUCAGUCCUGACACUCUAUUAGGGCAUUUCUAGGGAGUGAUUAUUAAACCUCACUUAACCAGAUUCAGCCAAGGCCCAUGUUCAACACUUGAUUGCUGUUGUUACAUAAAAUAAUCAGCAUUUAAAAUAGUUUACAGAUAUUUGGACCAGUUCCUCUUAGAGCGUCUUUCAGAGGAGAAACUAGAUCUGCCCUGUUUAUUGUAGGCGCUUGUUGAAAACGAGCUUUCUUUCCAAUGAUAGAGCUUCAUUUUUGAAGUGUUGAAGCUGUGCUCCCAUUACAUUGUGGCAGGAGAAGAGAGUAGGGUAAUUACAACCUUCAGUUCUAUGUCUUACAAGCACUUUGUGUUGUCUCUACAAGAAAAUACCAUUUCAGUCAUUUCCCACAAAAUGCAGACAUUUUACCAACAUAAUAGGCUUUGACUGAUGCACCAUUAUGCUUUGGGCAGUAUUACAAAAUAGCUGGCAAGUGCUUUCUGUAUUUAAAUAUUGUAAAAAGAAAAUAAGUUAUAACUGUUAUAAAGCAGAACUUUUUGUUGCAUUUUUUUAAAAUGUUGAAGUCACUGUCAUUUGGUCAAUGUUUCUGCAGUAUUUAUUAAAACGUACUUUUUUUUCUUCAAAUAAAAAAGUAACCAUG